GUGGUAUUUCUUCGUUGUCUCUGGCGUGGUCACGUUGAUUGGUCCGCUAUCUGGACCGAAAAAAGUCGUAUUCCAAAAAUAAUACGUAUACGUACGCGCGUGAAUCACUCGCCACACGACCCAGCGCAGCGCGACAAUCGAGUGUAGACACAUAACAUAACUGCCGUAGUCGUCGCCUCCGUGACAUCCGCGCCAGCACCAACCCGAAUCCGGCCGCGUCCCCCGUUUCCAAAUCCAAUUUCCCCUUUAAUUUCGGUGGCUAAUAUUAGAGUCUUGCGACAUGUUUAGCUUUCUGAAGCGCGAGAAGAACACCCAGGAGGUAGUGGAGAAUGUGAUCGGCGAGCUGAAGAAGAUCUAUCGGAGCAAGUUGCUGCCGCUGGAGGAGCACUACCAGUUCCACGACUUUCACUCGCCAAAGCUCGAGGAUCCAGACUUCGAUGCGAAGCCCAUGAUCCUGCUGGUGGGCCAGUACUCCACGGGCAAGACGACCUUCAUCCGCUAUCUGCUGGAACGCGACUUUCCGGGCAUUAGAAUUGGUCCGGAGCCAACGACGGACCGCUUCAUCGCCGUGAUGUACGACGACAAGGAGGGCGUGAUACCGGGCAACGCCCUGGUUGUGGACCCCAAGAAGCAGUUCCGGCCGCUGUCCAAGUACGGCAACGCCUUCCUGAAUCGCUUCCAAUGCAGCAGUGUGGCCUCGCCGGUGCUGAACGCCAUCUCCAUCGUGGACACGCCCGGAAUUCUCUCCGGCGAAAAGCAGCGCAUCGACAGGGGCUACGACUUCACCGGCGUGCUGGAGUGGUUCGCGGAGCGCGUGGACCGCAUCAUCCUGCUCUUCGACGCCCACAAACUGGACAUCUCCGACGAGUUCCGGCGCUCGAUCGAGGCGCUCAAGGGACACGACGACAAGAUCCGUAUUAUCCUGAACAAGGCCGACAUGAUUGAUCACCAACAGUUAAUGCGGGUGUACGGAGCACUGAUGUGGUCGCUGGGCAAGGUGCUGCAGACGCCGGAGGUGGCUCGUGUCUACAUCGGCUCCUUCUGGGACCAGCCGCUGCGCUUCGACGCCAACCGCCGACUGUUCGAGGACGAGGAACAGGAUCUGUUCAGGGAUCUGCAGUCCCUGCCGCGUAACGCCGCCCUGCGCAAGCUGAACGAUCUGAUCAAGCGGGCGCGCCUGGCCAAGGUGCAUGCCUUCAUCAUUGCCGAGCUGCGCAAGGACAUGCCCUCUGUGUUCGGCAAGGACAGCAAGAAGAAGGACUUGAUUAAGAACCUCGGCCAGGUAUACGAUCGCAUCCAGCGCGAGCACUCCAUUUCUCCCGGCGACUUCCCCGACAUCAAGAAGAUGCAGGAGGUCCUGCAGCACCAGGACUUCACCAAGUUCCACUCCCUCAAGCCCCAUCUGCUGGACAUCGUGGACAACAUGCUGGCCAAGGACAUUGCCCGCCUGAUGGAGAUGAUUCCCCAGGAGGAGAUGACCAUGGUCGCGGACCCAAUCGUCAAGGGUGGUGCCUUCGAGGGAGUCAUCGACGACCAUGUCUCACCAUUCGGCUACAUGAAGGGCGAGGGCAUCGAUGCCGGCUACGGAGAGCACGAGUGGAUCUGCAACAAGGACAAGCCGCGCACAGAUGGCAUCUUCAAUGGGCUGGGACCAGUCGAUGGCAAGAUAUCCGGUGCAACUGCCAAGCAGGAACUCAUCAAAUCGAAACUGCCCAACUCGGUGCUCAGCAAGAUCUGGAAACUGUCGGACGUCGACGGCGAUGGGUUCCUGGACUCUGACGAGUUCGCGCUGGCCUUGCACUUAAUCAACGUCAAGCUGGAAGGCUGCGAGCUGCCCACCGUGCUGCCGGAGCACUUAGUACCGCCGUCGAAGCGCUAUGACUAGUGUCCUGUAGCAUACGCAUACGCACACCCGAUCACACAGCCUCACAAUUCCCAAAAAAAAAAAAAAAACACAGCCGUACACAGAUGUCGCAUAGAGACCAACUCCUAGGAUGCACUAUGUUCGAUUCUUUUGACUUUUAGCCACACAGUGCAGGCGACUGCCCUUUUAUAUGUACUAUACUCGUUGUGAACGCGCCAUUAAUGCGCUGGGUAUUAAAACACACACCGUAUCACCGUAUGACCGACCGUAUGAGAUAUCAAUCAUAAAUUCGUAGAAUUUACACAAGCAUAUAGCAUAUUUUUGGAUAAUCGAUUGUAAAGCAGGAUGUAGAGUAGCAGCCUAGUGGAAUAAGACAAGGAGUGUGUGUUAAGCGCCUAAUUGUCAUUGUUGACUUAAGGAAAGUGAAGUGUGGAUAAACAAUUGUUCAAUGCCAAUGAAAAAAGCAUGAGUUAAACUGUAUACAAUAUCUAGGUUAAUGUCGAUGUGCAGCUUGAAGGGCCAUUAAUUUGCAAUCGUACCACUUUUGAUACACAAUAAAUGUAUUUUUGUUAUACUACAAAUUUACAAUCGACGGAAUCGUGGGUUACGGCAUGUAUUUCCUGUAUUUAUUUUGAAAUAUUAUUAAUUGUUUGAAAUGCUCCCGCAAGGCAGGCCACUUGAAAGAGAAACGUGCAAUUUACUGCCUGUGCUUCGACUAUUUUGUAAUUAGUGAAUUCUUGAAUAUUAAAUAAUAUUAAAUGUGAAACUAAUCUGAUUUUUAAAUUGUAUAAAAGAAUAAAAUGAAACUAUUUUGG